AUGGUAAUCACUCAAUCCAACAUCAAUCCGGCGAUUCAUUUCGCCUCCUCCACCAUCUGCCGCAGCCGACACCAUCUCCUCCGUAACUGCUUCUCGCUCCCACGCGCCGCCGCAUUCGGCCGCUCGCUCACCCUGAACACCUCCACAGCAAGAACCCGAGCCUUCUCAACCAACGAUACUCAAGAUGAAAUAAUCGCUGAUGCCGAGAAACUACCGAACAAACCGCCUAUAUGCACCGCCGACGAGCUCCACUACGUCUCCGUCAACAAUUCCGGCUGGCGCCUCGCCCUCUGGCGCUACACUCCCUCUCCUCAGGCACCGCCACGUAAGCAUCCUCUGCUGCUGUUGUCUGGUGUGGGAACAAAUGCCAUUGGAUAUGAUCUUUCUCCUGGGUCUUCAUUUGCCCGUUACAUGUGUGGUCAAGGAUUUGAUACUUGGAUUCUUGAAGUUCGAGGAGCUGGAUUGAGCAUGCAUGGAUCAGAUACUAAAGAUGUUGAGAAAUCAGCUCAUGCAAUGUCUGAAUUCAUGGAAGCUGCAGUUGAAAAUGCACUUUGCUAUGAAUUUGAUAAGAAUGGCAAGUUUGAUGCUCAAGUCCACGGAAGAUUGCCAUACGAGUUGCUAAAACCCAAUCUAGUAUUGCGCAAUCUCCUGCUUUCUAUGCCCCCAGCAACAAAAAGUAUUAGCACGAAUAUCUCCACCAAUGCCGAUGAAGCUCAUGCAGCUCAUGUUUUCAGCAGGUUGUGUUUGCAAGAUUGUUUCCAAGGUGUCAUGUGCUUUGAAACUCUUAACCCUCCUAUGGGAUUGGGACCUCUUUCAAGCAUAGAAGGGAUGAAUGAAGUACAAACUGAAAAUGUUGAAACAAAAGUUCUGUGUAAACCUUCUGUACAAGAAAUGGAAGCCGCCAUUGCCAUUGCCAUUGCCAUUGCCAUUGCCAAGGGUGAUAAAAAAAAAACAGUAAUUACUGAAAACUUACCUAGUUAA